GCGGGGGAAGAGGCGGGGCUUGCCCUGCCCACGUGACGCGGUCGCGGCCGCCCCAGCCAAUAGGAGCGCGCGGAGGCUCCGGGCGGGUUUUGGAUGCAGUCUGAGAAGGAUGAAGAAGAGAUGCCUUCUCUGCACUGGGGUAUUGAUCCUGUAUUUUCUGCAUUUGCAAGACUCUAUAUUAAAGAUAUUACAGAAAUGAGAGAAUCUAUACAGGUGCCAGGUAUAUUCUUUUAUAAUGGACAUCCAAUAAGACAGGUGGAUGUUGUUGGGACAGUGGUUCAGAAGAAGGAGCGAGAUGCCUUUUAUAAUUAUGGAGUGGAUGAUAGUACUGGAGUUAUAAAUUGUGUCUGCUGGAAAAAUCCCAUGGUAGCAGAAACAACUUUAUCAGGUCAUCCAAGCACACCCAGCAGUCUGAGUGUGUUUGAACAGCUGAAGAAACUCCAAGAAACAGUAAGCCAGAAAACCAAGCUGGAGAUUGGAGAUGUUGUCAGGGUCAGAGGUCACAUCCGAACCUAUAGGCAACAAAGAGAAAUUCAGGCUUCAUGUUUUUAUAAAGUGGAUGAUCCUGUGUGUGAUGUCCAGAUUUCGAGAAUGCUGGAGCUCCCCUGUCUCUAUAGAGAAGUUUAUGAUAAACCUUUCAAGGGCCCUGAGGAAAUGCAGAGUGGCUCGGAGGGUCAGAAUUUCUCAAUCCAUAUGCUGCAUGAGAAAGUGCAAGGCUUUCUAUUAGAAAACAAAGUUCAGACCUUUUACCAGCAGGAGUUGGAGACAGUUGAUUCUCUGGUGUCUCUGAUGGGUGUGUAUCCACCCAGCCCCAGCUGUGAGGAGGUGAAGUCAGAAAGUAGCUCCAGUUCCAAAAGGAUUCAUGGUGUUUUUAAGGAAGCAAUAAAGAUGCUACAAGAAAAAGGAGUGGUUUUCCAGAAACCUAGCAGCUCCAAGGACUUAUACUAUGUGACUGACCAUGAUAAGGAGCUGUUUAAAGUGACCCUUGAUGUGAUUAAAGAAGACUGUCGAAAACCCAGGCAUGCUGAAAAAGGCUGCCAUUUCCUUCAUGUCCUGAGUUGUGUUCGGCAGAGCUACAGCCCCUCUCUGCCUGAAGUGGUGAUGCACCGUGUCUUGGAACUACUGGAGGGUAACAGUGAUGUUGUCAGCACUAUGGAAGGAUAUUUUAUGGUAUUUUAAAAAGAAAAGAUAAGAAAGAGAGGUUGAGAGACUGUGAGAAGCUGUAAUUAUCUGGUAUUUUCUAGAUAGAAGAUAAAAAAGAGCCUUUUGAUUCUCCAAAUUCUGUUUUUGUCCAGCUUCAGAGAAAUUGUUCAAAUACUUGUUUUAUUAUUCUUCCUGACUUCCUUGCUAUUCCUAGUGAAAGUGGUAUCAAACUGAUUCUGGACAUUCUAAUCUAGCAGGGAAACUGGAAAAGAAACUGCGCUCUUGGAGUAAGAUGAGACAUUGACCAUCCUCACAUCUGCAUCCAGUGGGCCUAAAGAGAAGUCACUGCUAAAGAUCACUGUUUACAGCAGUGGUCAUCUCAGGAGAUAUUUUUCUGGCUUAAUGAUUGAUCUUGCUAGGUUUCAUGAGGUCAUAGCUGUAGAUCUUUCUUUUUAUGUGAACUUGGUAACACCUAGAGAAAGGACACACAAACAGAAGGAUUUGCCUGUCCUUCCUGGCAGUGCUGGUGCAUCUUUAUCUGUGAAUAUGUGUUCCUCAGUCUGGACAGCUUACCCACUACUAAAGCAAUCCUCACCAUUUUCUGUAAAGUAAUAUUCAGGAAUGGGGUCCUGCAUCCCUUGCCCACUGGUUGUCAAGCAUGCUUGCAUUCCUCUGCAUUCCCAUCUGUGCUACUGAUGCCUGUUGUUGCAGUUUCUCUUCAGACCAGAAUUCUCAAAAUCAGCUACUAUUUUGCUGUUUCAGUUGUUUUCUUAAAUCACAAAUGGUAAAAUAUAAAUUUGAUGCUUUGGAAAAGAAAAUACAGAAGCCAUUGAGACCCACUGUAAUGUCCUCUGCCUGUUGCUUUUUGUGUCUUUUAUUCUUUGUCACUUUUGUGGUAAAAUACUGUCCAUAUCUGUUCUUGCAGAAGAAUACAAGGCAUAGAUGAAACAACAUUGGCCUAAAGAAGGUUACCAUGCAAGAUGUUUGAUCUGGAAUAAUUACAACUGUGUAAUGUGCAGCAGUUAAAAAGCAAAGUUGUUCAAUAUUUAUGCUUAGACAGGGCUUGCUGCUGCAGGGGCUUGUCUGUUUAAUUAAUCUGUUUAAUUUAU